AGCCGCAUGGAACGCCUGCCAGUCGACUUGUUGCACCAAGCUCUCAAGCGUCGGGAAGCUGUCCACUAGGUCGGCGCGUUCUGUGAGGUUGGGCUUGUACACCUUCGUCGCCAGCACCAUGAGAUCGCCUAGGUUCGUCGCGACAUGAGCGACAUGAAGUCUGUACUUGUUAGGCGGCCCACCACCAAUGAUGCGUGGUAUGCCGACAUUCGAGUCGUCAAUAACAAAAGGCCCUGCCGCGGUGAUGGGUUUGUUGAGCCUGUCGAAAUGACGGAGGGUCCACCACAGCAGGGAAUAGUCCUCUGCAACGGCAAUAUCUGCCGCAGGCUCUGAUGUUGCAGGCUGCUUGUGAUGCAAAGACAAGCACCAAGCUUCACUGAUGGCU